CUGCUGUAAUCAUCGCGCGCGGUUCUCCGGACACUGUCGUCUGCUGAUACUCUGGAAACCAUUUGGCGCCGUUUUAGUUAGCGGAAAAUCGAUCGCUUGUAGUACAGACCGGGAUAUUUACAGCGGGCGGGAUUCCAUACACAUCCAACUCUCGUUGUAAGCCUUGGUGAAUUAUCGUGCUUUAAAAGAUAUCAUUCGCUCAAUUAUGGCAGAAAAUCAACUGUCCGAUUUCCAAACAAAAAAAGUUCUUCGAGUCUUCAAUAUUCUUUAUGAUAGAAAUGAUGACGGUGUCAUUGCUAAAGACGACUUCCUCAUAGCCAUAGACAAGUUCGUCAGUGUCCUUGGCUGGCCCAAGGACGGGGACCAGUAUAACAAGGGCAAGGACACGCUGUUACUGAUCUGGGACGACCUGAAGAAGUACGCAGACGAAAACCAGGAUGACAAAGUCUCCAAGGACGAGUGGGUCCAGAUGUGGAGUGACUGUCUGCAGUCGGUAAAACACGGCAAACCUUUCCCGGAGUGGCAGCAGAGGUUCAUGCAGUUCAUGUUCGAAGUCAAUGACAAAUCAGGUGAUAACGAGAUUGACAUAGACGAGUACACCACGGUCUGGAACAAGUCGUACGGGAUCCCAGUCGAGGAGUGCAGGGAGGCCUUCCAUAAAAUCUCUGACGGUAAAAACAUUACGAGAGAAGUGUUUGAAAUGCUAUGGAUAGAAUAUUUUGUUUCUAACGAGAGAGCCGCCCGGGGAAACUACUUGUUCGGAAUUCCGGAUUUUAUCUGAAAAUUGUUGAAUUUAGAUCAAGAGUUUCUCCCCUUUGGUUACCGAGAGAGAUCUGACAAAGUUUCUCCUUGAGUUAUCGUUCUAUACAAAGCGAAAGCCGCAUCUUUAUGUAUUAAUUUUAAGCUUAUUGACAUAUCUUCAUUAGUUUUGAUAAUUCUGAAUUGGUUGUGAACUAAAAUGAAAAAAAAUAUAUAUAUUAUGCAGCUACAAAUUGAACAAGCUUUAGUCUCAAUGUGCAUUUUGAAAUAGUCUGCAUUACAUAUUUUAUAAUGUAUAUGUAGAUUACACCGCCUGUAAAAAAGUAUAAAUAUAGCAAUUUAAUAAUAAUGAAAAUGAUUUAUAAACGGUUUUAUGUUUUUAUUUUAAUGUAAAAUUAACUAUUAAUAUUUUUGCUAUUAAGCUAAGUAGAUAUUUGCAUAAUUUUGGACUGAAUAUUUAAUGCAAUGUGAGUCUGUACUGGCUGUUUAAAGAAUUGUGGAUGGGUAUUUAAAUGAUUUAGCUUAAAAAAAAAAGAAGGGGCGUCAACUCUUGGACAGGACCGUGAAGUCCGAGUUUGUCAUUUUAUGUGUUAUCAAUUCGUUGUAAGAGAAUAUUUCGGUGUAUUUAGGUCUUUUUACUUUUAUACGUUUGGUAAAUUUGUGACGGUAUGUUGUAGAAAUCUAAUUAGAAUAAAUUUUGAAAUAUAGAA